AGUUGUGAAUGCGUUAAUACCUACUAAUAAAUUUAUAAUAAAAUUGAACGCGUUCAGUCACGGACGUGUGUACUUGAAGAAAUGGAACCGUUUAUAGGCAAAAAAUAUAAAUUAAAAUCAUCAGAUAACUUCGAGGACUAUUUGAAGUUUAUUGGCAUCGGCCUAUUAUCCAGGAAGCUGGUGAUGUCUGUAUCACCAGUUACUGAACUAACGAAGAAUGAAGAUGGUUCCUACACUCUGACACACACAACUUCGAUAAGAAAAGUCACGACUACCUUCAGAUUGAACGAAGAGUAUGAAGGAGACAGACCUGAUGGUGUUAAGGUCAAAUCAGAGAUGUCAAUAGAAGGGAACAAAUUAAUACAAAUCCAGAAGGAUCCAAGUGGAAAGAAAUCGAAACAUAUAAGAGAAUUCACUGACAGUACCCUAACUGUAAUUACGACCGCCGACGGAUGGGACGGAACUUGUAUAAGAGUUUAUGAAGCUGUAGACUAAUAAUUAUGGAUUAAGUUUUAAGAUUCGUAGAACAAAAGUCACCUCUAGAAUAAGUACGGUCAAAAAUGUAGAAAAUUUCCUACAAAAAGCUUAUAUUAUGUCCCUUUAUCUAUGUACAAAAUUUUAUUACCUUAAUUAAAACAAGUUCCAUUGUAAUGAAGUUAACAAAGGAUACCUAUAGGGAAACCAGUUAAA